GGACAAACCGUUGACAGGAUCCAUCGAAAUUCAAGCAGACUUUUUUUUUUUUUCUUUUUUUAAAACUGGACCCCUUUCAGCUUAAAAAAAAAACCAUUGUCAUGUUCACCCUUCGUGCAGCAGCCGCAAGGUCUCAAAUUUAUACCAACGUCAUUAGACCCACUUGUCAAUCAAAAUACCUAUUCCCACUCACCACGCAAUUCCAUACAACUGCCGCAGUAUGGGAAGAAGACGAAUUACUUCCUCAUAAAGGUUCAGUACAAUACAAACUGCGUGGAAAGGGACGUCAAUUUGUAGAUUUCAUUAGAGUGAAAGCAAGAGGAGGCGACGGAGGUAACGGUUGUGUGUCCUUCCAAAGAGAAAAAUACCUUGCCAAGGGACCUCCCAACGGCGGUAACGGUGGACGUGGUGGUAAUGUCAUUAUUCGUGCAAGUGCUGACGAGAGUACCUUGAAACGGUUAGGUCGCAUGUGUACAGCCAAACCUGGACAGAGUGGUUUAGGUGGUGGAAGACAUGGCACCAUGGGCGAGACCUUGGUCAUCGAAGUCCCUAUCGGUACUGUCAUUCGAGAAGUGAUCAAGGAUGAAGAGGAAGAAGAAGAGGAAAGAGAAAGCACUGAGGAGGAGGAAAGAGCUCAACGUGAGGCUCGUUGGGUGCUUUAUCCUCGAGCUGAACCCGAUGCGGUUCGUUCGGGUAGAGUUAAUUUUUUCGAACAAGCAGAGAAUUUAAUGGAUGAAGAGGAUAAAUAUCAUCAAUGGCGUCUUCGUACAGAAAAGAAGGAUCCGGUUGAGAUUGAUUUGACAGAGGAUAAGCAAGAAGUUGUCUUGUGUCGAGGUGGUGCGGGUGGUUAUGGUAACCCCUAUUUUUUAACAACAGAAAAUAGAUCACCGAAAUGGGCUACCCGUGGUCGUAAAGGAGAAAUGAAGGAAAUCGAAUUAGAAUUAAAGACAAUUGCAGAUAUUGGCUUGGUUGGAUUACCUAACGCUGGUAAAUCAACACUCCUGAGUGCUAUUUCGAAUGCGCAUCCUAAACAAGCUGACUAUGCCUUCACAACACUUCAUCCUUUUGUCGGUACGGUCGAUUAUGCAGAUCAAUAUCAAUUGACGGUCGCUGAUAUUCCUGGAUUAAUCCAAGGUGCGCAUCGUAACGUUGGAUUAGGUCAUGCCUUCUUACGUCAUGUAGAGCGUGCAAAGAUGUUAGUCUAUGUCAUUGAUGUGAGUGGUCCUACUCCCUUUGAAGAUUUAAAAACACUUCAAUAUGAAUUAGAGGCCUAUCGACCUGGACUUACAAAACGUCAAUCAUUGAUUGUCGCAAAUAAGGCAGAUAAGGCAGGUACGGCUAAAGAAAACUUGGCCCUUCUUCAAUCCCAAGUCAACAAAUCCAUUCCUAUUGUCCCUGUUUCUGCAAAAUUCGAAAAGAACGUACUUAAAUUGACAUCUGUCUUACGUAAAGAAGUAGAACGUAUCAGAGUGGAAGAAGAAGAGAUCAAACAGGCCAAAUUGAAAGCAUUAGAUGAGGAUGACUUUGAUGAUGAAGAUAUCUGAAAAAAAAAACCCCAUCCUUCUUUAAAACUGUCACAAUUUUUUCUUUUUGUAUAUACUGUAACAAAAAAAACC